AUGGUGGCGGAGAGCCCGGCCGCCGCCCGGCCGCCGCCGCGAGCGGGACCCCCGCGGGGGCUGUGCUGCGCCUCGGCCCUGCUGCUGCUCGCCCUCUCGGCGCUGCCCGCCGCCCGCGCCUCUCAUCCGCUGGCCGCCGGCGAGUGCCAGGGCGGCGGCAAAGGGAAAGGCGGCAACUGCUCAGAGUUAAAUGUAAAAGAAUCCGAUGUAAGAGUGUGUGAUGAAUCGUCGUGUAAAUACGGGGGAGUGUGUAAGGAAGAGGGCGAUGGCCUGAAAUGUGCCUGUCAGUUCCAGUGUCACACAAACUAUAUUCCUGUUUGUGGAUCAAAUGGAGACACUUACCAAAAUGAAUGCUUCCUCAGGAGAGCUGCUUGCAAACAUCAGAGAGAGAUAACAAUGGUAUCAAGGGGACCUUGUUACUCUGAUAACGGCUCUGGGUCAGGAGAAGGAGAGUAUGAAGGAUCUGGGACAGAAGUUCAGAGAAAACACUCAAAAUGUGGAGUUUGCAAAUAUAGGGCUGAGUGUGAUGAAGAUGCAGAAAAUGUUGGGUGUGUAUGCAAUAUAGACUGCAGUGGAUACAGUUUUAAUCCUGUCUGUGCUUCUGAUGGAAGUUCUUAUAACAACCCCUGCUUUGUUAGAGAAGCAUCCUGUCUGAGGCAAGAGCAGAUAGACAUUAGGCAUCUUGGACACUGCUCAGAAGCAGAUGACACAAACGCAGUUGGAAAGAAGGACGACGGCAUGCAGUAUCGGCCAGAGGUGAAAGACGCCAGUGAUCAAAGAGAAGACAUUUACAUUGGUAACCACAUACCUUGUUCAGAAAGCUUUAAUGGCUACUGUAUACAUGGAAAAUGUGAAUUCAUUUAUUCCACUCAGAAGGCUUCCUGCCGGUGUGAAUCAGGAUAUACUGGACAGCACUGUGAAAAGACAGACUUUAGUAUUCUUUAUGUUGUCCCAAGUAGACAAAAGCUUACGCAUGUCCUUAUUGCAGCAAUAAUUGGAGCCGUACAGAUUGCCAUUAUAGUUGCAAUUGUCAUGUGCAUAACAAGAAAAUGCCCCAAAAACAAUAGAGGACGUCGGCAGAAGCAAAACCUAGGCCAUUUUACUUCAGAUACAUCAUCCAGAAUGGUUUAACUUAGUGAUUUUUAUACCUACAUUGACCAUGUGAUGUACAUUUUUAUUAUAUCUUUUUUUAAAGAAUGGAAAUAUUUAUUUCAGAGGCCUUAUUUUUGAACAUUUUUAGUGUAACAAUGUUGGUCUGUAUUCUGAAAGCAUCAGCUCUAACAGCUAUGGACUGUUUUAGUACCUUUACUUUUCUGUUUUUGAAUACAGUAGUUCAUUUUCUGUAUCUGUAUCACAUGGUUAUAUAAUAGACUUGUGCUUUAUUCAUGGAAUGUAAUAUUUUUGGGAACACAGAUUUAUUCCACCAAUGGUUGUAGAUUUAAAAGGGAACAAAAAAAAAAAAAACAAAAACACAAAACAACCAACAAUAAAAAGUCCACAUUACCUAGCAAACAAGGCAUGAACUAAAGGUAAAAAUGUUUACAGCUUACUUUUCUUAUGAGAAACUAGAAAACACUGUGUUUAAAUACCGUAGAUAUUUAAAUGUUUUUGGAAGUUAGUAACUGAUUUUUUAGACACUGCCUAUCGCAUGAACUGUGAAGCUGUGUGCUGUGUGUAGUUGUAAUAUAUUUAUGAAACGUGUGGGCUGGGUCAAAGCACUGCCAUCUUCAUUAAUGAUUCUGACAAUUUUUUUUUAAAGGGCAAAAUUAUGAAUUUCUUAAUUUGGGAAGUUGCCUGGUAGAGCAGAUGGCACAGGUCCAAAAGAAGUAGGUCUUGGUAGAUUUAGGGGUUGUAAAGAUUGGUGUUGAAUAAUUGAACACAAAUAAUUGGAAUAAAGCCUACUUUAUCACUACUGAAGCUGUUUUAAUACUUCUUAAACUUUUUUAAAGAAAAUACAUUGUUUUAACACCUACGAUGCAGAUUGUAUAGUGUUUGUGAUUCAAAUAAAUAAUAAUUCAAAAAAAAAACACAAAAAGAACAAAUAAAAGUGAAUGAAUUACUAGUGCUCUUGUAUAGAGUAUUUUCAAGAGCUAAGAAAGUCCAUCCAAAUUAGUCUGCUGGUCAUAGUUAUAUUAAUAGACUGUUAGUUGUUGUUCGAGAGAUCCAGAGAUAAAGUGUGAAUAGGACGUGUUCAGCUGUUUUAACAUGUAGUGUAGGCUUUCAGAAUUUUGCAUGUAGGAUUUAAUAAUUUGUUCAAUUAAAAAAAAAAAAAAAAAAGCUUUCAAAAUUUUGAACUGGAAAAGCAUGUCACAAUACAGCGUUUUCACUAUAUUGCCUCUGGUUUAGUGUGUUUAUUUGUUACCUCACGUGGCAAUUGCAGCCAGCUGAAGAGCUGAAGUUUGUUUUGCUCCAAAAACAGCCAGUGCUCAUUUUCUGAGUGCUGUUUGAAUUCCAUCAGUGCAAGCGCUUCAGGAACACAAAAACAACAGUAGAUCAUUUAAAAUAUGCGAGUUUGCUCGCCUGCUUAGUUGGUAAGUUACUUAACUUCCCUGGAUUAACGCUAAUAACUUCAUCAGCACAGAAGCGUGACCCUUUAAAUGUGUGCUCCUUUCCAGACAUUGCUUCCUAAUUUUAGACGUUUC